AUGGAUAUCUCAAGCAAUCGCGACCGCUCCGCCUCGCCCCGCCGCGACGACGACGACGCGUCCAACCACGCGAGCAGCUCUUCCUCCUCCCGCCGCCAGCUCCGCGACAUGACGCCCCUCUCCAGCGGCCGCCCCUCCAACCGCCCUAUCACGGAGCAAGACCUCCAGGGCUUCGUCCACGACCCAAAGGUCGAAGCCGGCCAGUACUACGAAGGCGCCCUCGUCUCGCGCCGCUCCCAGAUGCGAGAAGCCUGCGAAAAGGCCAAAGCCGCCAUCUGCGCCGCGUUGGAGAAAAAUCGCGACGACGCCGCUGCCACUCACGCCAGCAAGCAUUACCCCUUCUGGAGCACCCCGUCCGUCGUUGGCAACGCCGCGUCCGUCCCGUUCGCCCCGGCCAAGCCUCCUGCCAUCUCCACCGCCAAGGUCAUCCAGAGCGCGAACUUCGUGCAGAAGACGAAGCCGCUACGCGAGAUCAACGCCGCGUGCCGCAAGGUGCACGAGGCUAAGAAGGCGGCGGACAGCAAGAAGGCGCGCGACAUGUAUCUGCUCCGCUCGACCAGCCCCAUUCCGCAGUUCGCGGCCGACUACCCGCCUGACGUGUUCAUAAGGUGGGCGGGUGGCAGGGAGGAGUUCAAGCGCAGGGCUAGGCUGAUUGAGGGGGAUUUGAGGGCAAGGGGUUUGCUGGAGGAGCGCCGCCGCGGCGAGUAG